AUGGAAGACAAUAAGGCAAUAGCUUUGCUCAGACUGUGCAGAGAAUUGCCUUACAGCUUAGAGCUAGAUUCUGAUGAAGUGAUUACCUUUAGCACAGAGAUGAUGAAGCAUGAAAUUUAUAAGUUUCAUCUAGGAUUAUCUGAAGAGAUUGAUUUGGAAUCUCUAGAAAGCUUAUGUGAGUCACUCAGAAAUCAAGUUCUUGUAUUUGUUAUCGGAGUCAAACAAAAAGUGAAAGGAAAAGGCAAACUUCUAGAAGACUCAGUUAAGGAGUAUUGUGUUAAAUUUAUUGCAGAAAUUGUGAGGCUUUUAGAAGAUGCUGCAGCAAAUAUGGAUACAGAUGCAAAAUUAUUGAAUGUGGGAAAAGCUUGUAAUGUGAUUGAUAAAGCUAAUGAUAUACCAGGAGAGAUCAGAGUAAUUGUGAUGUAGAAUUAUCUUGCUGGAAAGAUUUUAGAAGAGCUGGAUCAAAUAAAGAGUGCAAGCGAAGACUUGAAUUAUGAAGAUAAUGAAAAUGUUUCUGAACUGUGUAGAAAAACAGUUGACUUUGUAUCUAAACAAGUCGAGUUUUGGGAGCAAGUGUCAAGAGACUUAUUGAGUGAUAGAAUAGACCUGAUCCAUGCAGGGUUGAUACUUGAAACAAGUAAAGAAUCAAGUAAAGAAGUUGACUAUUUAGUUGCUAGCGUAUUUAUCAUUUAGUUUUUAUCUAUUGAAGAAGACGUAUAUAUCGAAGAAGAGAUUGAAGAUAUCAAUGAAAUUCUUAGAAAACUUAAUGCUAUAUAUCAAAAACUAAGUGUUCUUGAUAUAGAUAUUCCAUCAAUUGAUCUAUAA